UCGGGACCGACGUCCGAGUGCGACGAAGGACAACAGUUGAGUGGGAGAUGGCGCCCAGCUCGAAAUCAGAAAAGGACGAUGGCAAACAGAAGGCUCAAAGAAAACAUAAAGACCAUGUUGUGAAGCUUCUCACGCGUGGGAAGCUGUCAGGACAGUUUUCUCAACGCCUGUUCAGGAAGUUUCCACCUCGAGUGUGUGUCCCGUUGAAGAACAUCGUGAGUGAGGAGUUCCUCAGAGCAGGGCAUAUAUUUCUUGGCUUCACAAAAUGUGGACGCUAUGUUCUGUCAUACACCAGCGACUGUGGAGAAGAUGAUGACUUCUCUUUCUAUACCUACCACCUGUACUGGUGGGAGUUCAACUUACACAGUAGACUGAAACAGGUCCAUCAUGUCCGACUAUUUGCAGGAGAAGAAAUUUACAGUGAUCUUUACCUUACUGUUUGUGAGUGGCCGAAUGACCACUCCAAAAUUGUCAUCUUUGGCUUCAAUACACGCAGUUCAAGCUCUGUCCUGAUGAACUUGAUGAUGAGUGAUGAGAACAACAGGGACAUAUACAUCACUAUUGCCUCAAUGCCUCCUGUUAAACCUUGUUCUAACUGCUGCCCGGUUCCAUCAGCUUCCACCAUACGGACAGGUAGAGGUGAAUGUCUGGAACAUGGUUAUGUGCUCAACAGCAGGUACCAGGUGGUGUAUCCUUUCCCCACUUUCCAGCCAGCUUUCCAGCUGAAGAAGGACCAGGUCAUUCUAUUAAACACAAGCUACUCUUUGGUAGCCUGUGGUAUCUCACUCUGCCCAGGAAAGCAGGGUCAGUCAUCACAGAUCCUCUACACAAAGAGAGCAGCUCCAUCAGGUCAAUCCCCCACAUGUUCAUUCUCCAGCCCCUCAGCUUCUUCAUCUUCACUACCUCAAGGAUCACCUGAAAGCAGAUUGCCACCCAGCAGGCCUAGUCCGUUUUCCUGCUCUCCCAGUCAGUCACAAGCAGCCGUUCGAGCCCGGGAGUUUGCAGCUGACCUCUUCAGGCGAGCCCAGGCAGGAGGAGGAGCAGUGGGCCAAGGAGAGAGAAGAGCAGUGGAUGGUGGAGAAAAAGAGGCAGCACAGGUUACAGUAGACAAAGGGAUAAAUGGAGAGACACAAAGGGAUGAGCAGGAGAGACGGACUAGUUUACCACAAGCAUCAACAUCAGGCAGGAGCCACGGUGUGCUGCAGUGCUCAGAACAGGUGAUGUCUCCUGCAUCCUCUUCCUCGUCCCCUUCGUCCCCUCCAACACCAUCGUCAUCCCAGGAGAUCAGCUCUAACGAGCCCGGAUAUGUCAACUACUCAAGGCUUCACUACCGCCUGCAGCAGCCAGGAGCAACAGAGCAGAGCACAGGAAGUGCAGGAGGCUAUGAAGAUGAUAAAGUUCAGUUGCCUUUCACAGUCACUGAUCUGAGAGGACGAAACCUUGAGCUUGUCACUGGGCCGCACAGUGGACAGAGUGUGUGUGUGGAGCAGCUGACCCUGGACUUUGAGUAUCUUAUCAAUGAGGUGAUCCGGAGCGAUGCUGCCUGGGCCCCUCAGUUCUGCUCCUUCAGCGACUAUGAUGUUGUGAUUUUGGAGGUUGGUCCGGAGACUAACACGGUGAUGAUCAACAUUGGUCUGCUGUUACUGGCCUUUUCCAACUCAGAUGAGGAGCACUGCAGGCCAAACACCUACCAUUCCAACCUGCAGGUCAGCUGGGACCUCAACACAGGCAUGUGUUGCACUGUGGGUGUCGGUGACCUUACAGAGGUCAAGGGUCAGACCAGUGGGAGUGUGUGGAGUUCUUACAGGAAGUCCUGUGUGAACACAGUGAUGAAGUGGCUGGUUCCUGAGAGCAGCUCUCGCUACAUCAAUCGAAUGACCAAUGAAGCACUGCACAAAGGCUCAUCCCUUCAAGUGCUCGCAGACAGCGACCGAUGCACCUGGAUUGUAUUAUGAAGUAGGCCAUGAGUUUCAAAGAAACAGCAAGAACACGACGUGCAUAUGUGGACAAAGCUUCAACAUGAGGAGAACCACAUUCAUUUAAGUAACUGCGCUUUGGUAACAUGUAAGUAAAAGUUCAAAGUGUCAAACUGAACAUUCAAGAUGAAAUACUGUAAAGAUGGACUUUUAUAUUCUGUGUUUAAUUUAACAGGUUUCAUUUUUUAUGGUGUACUGUAUUAUUGCAACUAUCAAAAGCAAGAGCUGGACUGAACAAAAAUGUAGUUGUUUUUUUUUCUUUUUUGUUACAUAAAAACGUAUUGUGUGUAAGUGAAUGUAUGCUCCGUAAUGCACCUGUAUGGUGUUGACAAGUUCAUCCAGAGGCAGUGUGUGUACUUUGUGUAAUGUGUAUGUAAAUUUGACAGAUUCUGCUGCUUGUCAACAAUAUGUUUUCUUAUCUGGUCUCGGUCCAGAUUUAAAAGUCUGCAGUAUUUAUCAAAAUGAAAAUGAAAUGAACUCAGUACUGCAUCACUUAACAAUUUUGGGGGGGAUAAAUGUUAUGUCAUUAAAUUAGAAGGCUUUUGGGAAUCACAUGCUGGUUUAUGUUCUGUAUGUAUAACUAGCAUGGGAGUCAGAUUAUGUUCUGUUGGAAUAUUUUGAUAAAAUAAAAUGUCCAAAAAUA